CUGUAUGUUAUGUCGCCAUAGUAGCGCAUCUGUCAUUUCAAUAAUUACAUGUUAUAAGCAAGCCAGAGAGAAAUUUAAACUACUUAUAAAGAGCGGAUGUUAAAUUUGUCGCAGUUGCCUUAUCUCUCGGAUAGUGACCGAACAGUUGUAUAGCUGAAUAAAUUGAUUGGCUCUUCGUUCGAUAUUAAUAAAUUUUAUCGAAACAUACGAGGUUAGAAUAGCAAUGUAUAGAAAUAUAAAGGACUGCUUUAUACUUCUCCAUAAGUGUUGAUUUUGCGAUGCAAAGAUUGCUUCGAAUUUUGUCCUGCUAACGUGAUGGAGCUAAAAGUGUGGGUGGAGGGAAUACAACGUAUCGUAUGUGGUGUUACUGAGAGCACUACUUGUCAAGAUGUGGUGUAUGCCCUUGCUCAUGCUACAGCUCAAACGGGUAGAUUCACUUUGGUAGAGCGUUGGCGAACUAAUGAACGUUUAUUAGCACCUUAUGAAAAUCCUCUUAAGAUUUUGAUGAAAUGGGGUGAAUAUUCCUCGGAAGUUCAAUUAAUUUUAAGACGUUCCACAUCCGAAAAUAAUAAAACAAAUGCAUUACCAUCUCGAUUAACAUAUGCAUCACGUGCAAGUGGAUUACCAAUUUCAUUACCUGAACAUGGAACAGGUACCACUAGUGUGCAAGAUGAUAUCAAAAAUAUAUCAACUUCACAAAGUUCAGAUUUUGAUGAUAUGCAAGGAGGAUUAGAAAGAAAUCGAGAUACUAGAAAAUCACUUACAUUUAGUGGAUUUCAUGGAGAUACAGAAGGCAGUACCGAGAUUCAAAUGGAAAAUAAUGUUGCUGUAGUCCAACCCACACCACAUUUAAAAACCAAGGAUUUGAAUAUUCGGAAAAAUAUACAAAAACCUGCACAAUCACCUACACGAGGGAUUAAUACUGAAAGCACAACACAACACUUGUCACAAAAAAAGGUACGUGAGGUCCCACCUUACAGAGAACCUCCAGGACCUGCUUCACCGCCAUUACGAACUUUGCCACCUUAUCGUGAUCCACCACCGCCGAAUUUAAACAGUCCUGGAAGAUCGCAAUUUGUGCAUAGUAUCAAUAGUGGAAGUCCUCAUAUCCACAAAGACGAUCAACCAUCUUCUAGUAAUUCUAUAAAAUUAAAAAGGAAUCUCAUUCAGGAGUUCCAAGAUACAAAAGUACCCACACAAUCUGUUAAUCCACUCCCUGCAACAGCACAAAAUAUAGCAACUGUUGCUUAUACUCAACGAUAUGUUGAACUCUUAAGACUAGUCAAUAAGCAGCGAGACACUAUUAAUGCUCAACAAGCUGAUCUUACAAAAUUUGAUGCAGAAAUAUUAUAUUGGGAAACAAAGAACAGAGAACAAAUGCAUCAAAUGGAUUAUAUUUCUCAAGAAAUGAAUCGUAUUGAAUCUACUGGUCGUAUUAUCGAAGAACAGCUUAAAGAAUUAACUCAUGUAGAAGAAGAGAGUGAAAUAGUUAGACAGCAAGAAAAAACGCUGAAAUCGGAAAUAACAUUGCUUAGAUCAAAGCUUGCUAAUUGUGAGACAGAGUUGCUUCAAUGUAAAAACAAGAUUAGGCUAGUUAUGGAAGAACUUGCAAUGGAACAACAUAAUAUAAACCGUGAAACAGAUGAGCGGCAAAUCAUGGAACGGAAAAUAAUUAGUGAAGUGGAACAUUUACAAAAUGAAGUAGAACAGGCUAAACGCGCAACUGAGUUAGCCUCGCAACAUGCAGAUUCUUUAAAAUUAGAAGUAGUUAACUUAGAAUCAGCUAUAGUUGAAAAGAAAUUACAAGUAGAAAGAUUGGUAGCUGACAUGAAGGAGGCAAACUUGCAAAGUUUAGCUGUUGCAUGUUCAGAUGAACAAGUCAAACCUUUAUUAGAAGGUGCUCAUAAGCCAGGAAGUACCCGUAAGAUGAUAGGGUCACCAAGACAAUUGGAAACUGCAGUGCCCACAAGCAAAAAUCCGCAUGGUGUGUGGGUAUAAAUAAUAAAAAAAAAUAAACAGUAUACCUGACGAUGUUAUCUUAUGUGAGAAAUAUAUCAAAGAACAUAUAUAUCAAAAUACUUCUAUAUUAAUAUUGUUUCAGUAAGUA